UCGAUGUAACCUCCAGGCGAGCUCCGUAGGUUCUCGGUAUAUAGGUAUUCUUCGUCAGAGCGUGUUCUGCACUCUCAACGCCAACAUCCGGUCAUUUACCACCUUUUCUUCGAUCUACUGUGUCUCAUCACUGAUCUUCGCCGACCAUGUCGAGCCCGCCGCCUACGCCCCCUCCAAGCUCUAGUCGAGCGACGUCUCCCAAUAGGUCCCUGCGCUCCCGUAUGGGCACUGCGGUGCGUCGUAGCUCGACUGGGCUGUUCACCCGGGCGACCUCUGCGGUACGCAAGUCGGACUCGAAGAGCGACCUGAAGAACGAACUCAAGGUCGACCCUACGCCUUCUCCGAGCCCGCCCGAGAACAUGCCCAGUCCUGUCGCCGAGUCUCCUGCUCGAGAAGCAGCUGCGACGGAGCCUGAGGGUACUGGUGCACAGGGACUGCCUGGGUCCUCGCCUUUAGCUAACCCUCCGAUUGGACCUCCCAGCGCGGGCGCAGAGCCCUCCAUUGCUCAAGUCAUUGAGCCCACGCAGGCUGCCGCUGGUCCACAGCCCAUGACGACCGCCCCUGCAUCACCUCCACCUCCGGACCCUGCAAGUGCACCAGAACCAGCACCGGUGCCCGCGCCCGCACCUGCCCCUGCUCCGGAACUAGCACCAGUACCCGCACCACCGUCCGUACCAGCGGCAGCCCCUGCGCCUGCGCCUGUCGUGGCUCCUGCUCCGAUUGCCGCACCUGCUCCCGCAACAGAGGUGCAGACUGCAGUGGUUGCAGAUAGCCUUGUCGAGAGCCCAGAGAGUCAGCAAAUGCCGCUCCCGAUGGUCCAAGGACCUAUGGGACCUGCCAUCGAGAAGCGAGGUCCCGACUACUUCGCUUGGGGCGACGACGACGCGCUCAAUCCCAACUGGAAGGGGAAAGCGUACGCAACACCCCAGCCACCCGCGCAGCCUGCUUCUGCUCCCGAGGCCGUAGUCGCCGUCGACCAAGGGCAUGCAGACGCUGUCCCUCCUCGGGCUACCGACGCCCAGGCGUUCACGUGGAAGGACGACAUGGUGAUGCCGACGCGGCGUUCGAACACGAGCAUCGCUACCGGGGAGUCUGCGCCCCAGACGGUCUCAUCAGAGCCCCCUCGUACUGGUGGGCUGUCGAAUAAGCCGAGCAAGUCGUCCAUGGCGUCGUCUUAUGGUCAGGUCAUCGUCUCUCCGGGCAGGCGACGGGUGUCGGUCUCGAUGGACCCCAGUGACGGAGAUGUCCGACGUGGACGCAGUCCUGGACCUAGCGUUCGUAUCGCCAUCGAAGACCCCUUCGCCGAUCCUGCUGAGGACUCGCCGACUACAACCACCAGCAAGCUCUACGUGAAGCGGACGGCGUUGUCUCCCAUUGAGAGCAUCAACUCGCCUGCUCCUGAUAUGCCUGUGCCGAUCAGAUUCCCGUUGCCGCCACAGCAGGAUGUCAUUGGUGUAAACAGGAAGCCUCGAGGCAAGACCUCAGGCUACAGCCUCGGCAAUGAACGGGGCACGGUUGUAGAAACCGAGACACGACGUGAUGUGGACGAACGCGCACCCCUCUUGCGGCCUGCCAGCGCCGGCUCAAGCGGCACCGUCAAAGGAUACGCCGCAGCCAAGACGCACGUCUCCUUCCCCAUCCCAGAGGUCGCGCCCACAACCGCCAACACGCUAGUCAUCGGCAUGUCCGGCUGGAUAGAGCACAUGCUCCCUGAUAAUUCCUCGUACUACGUCCACGUCGAGAAGCGGAUCGUAGUUGACGCCGAUCUGCACAACCCGACCAAGCUCCAGGCCGUCACGGAGUACGUGAACAGCAAGCUCCCUGAGGAUGCGGCGAUGCCCCCUGAGGGAUGGGAGCUCUGGCUUAGGGACGCACGUCCGAAUGGGCAGGACCUCCAACUUGUGCAGACGUGGAUCAACCAUAGGGUGCAUGUGCUGUCUAGCGAGCCCCCUGCGGCUGCCGUACCUGAUCGCCUCAGGGAUGACGACCGUCUGGACAUGCAGUACCGCUACUGGUCCUACGUGGAAUCGCACCCGGCGCAUGUACCUCUCACCUCCGAGAGCCGUGCAGAAGCGGUGGAAGUCCUCAAGUGGUCGUACACAGAAUACCUCUUGCCUGGCGCUCAGAGACCUACGCCGCCGCCGUUCUCCCCGCAGGAGUGUCAGGAGCUGAUGGGUCUUCUCCACUCAUUCAACGAGGACCCUACGGACGUGUCCUUGGUUCAGAAUCGCAUCGUUGCUCGUGUUCUGCUCCGUGUCGCACAAUGGAGGCAGCACCACUUCCGUCCUGACAAACCUCUGCCACAAGUCGCAUUGACGGGAGGUAGUGCUCACCGAUGGCGUCGACGCACGCCUCUGAGCCGCACCGCCGUGGACUUCCUCAUCGCCUGUCUCUGCCUCGGCUUGCCCUACUUCUUCACCGACCGCUCCCGUCAUCGCCGAAUUGACGUCGAGAGUGGCGUCCGCAGCGCCGGUCCCAUACUCAUCAUCGGUGCAUGUGCCUGUUUGCUGGCUGCCGUCGUCUUAAGCGCGUCGGUGACGUUCAUCUCACUGCCUGGGUUGGACGAUACCUGCCGUAUAGCUGGCUUCGUGGCUAUAGCGCUCUCGGCCUCCAGUAUGAUUUCGGCCGUAAUCGCGCUCUUCCGGUACAAGACGGAGGUAGAACAUCCAGUGAUUCACGUAGGUGGUGAAGGGCUCCUGACCAUAUCGAGACGAAGUGUGGUGAUGUCCCUUCCUCUGGUCUUCCUCGUGUGGGCUAUCGCCGCGUUCGUCACUGGCGUCGUGCUGUAUCUCACCCGCGAGGUGACCACAACAGCAAGCAUCUCUGUCGUGUAUCCGAUCGAAAGCCAGACACACUGGAUGACUGUAGGAAUAUUAGGAGGUGUGGCGGGCGCCCUGUGUGUAGCUGUGAUGAUGGCUCGCUAAGGCGCUGGUUUGAAUGUAGGCAUAUCUAUUCGAGCUACUGUACAAUACUGCUACCUUGUAUCCCUUUGUACUGGAUAUUGCGUAACGUAAUCACGAGCAUAUUGAUCUACGUGUACCUGGA